UUUUUUGAUUGUUUUUUUUUUAAUUGUUGAAAGUUUAUGGGAAUUGUAGCUUUAUAAUGGUAUUGGUUUUAAAGAAAAUAAAAAUCUUUUCCUAUUUUGUUGAUGGAAAAAAUUUUAUUAUCUCCUGUCUUUUACCUUGGUUACAACUCUUGUGAGUCUCUUAUAAGAAAUAUCUUCUUGUGUUUUGUGGUGUUGAGCACUUUGUGAUUUACUAGAUUGAGAAGAUUUGUGAAAGUCAGGGGAAGUAUAACAUUGAAAAUUAUUCUAAGUAGUCUCUCCUCCUGGACAUUGAGACACAAGGGUAAAACAUGAAGCAUUUGAUCUAGAGAGAGCUUAGAUCGAUUCCCUUUUUCACACUUUAAGUGGGGUUUAGGAGAAGCCUAAACAUUUAUUUUAAGAAAGUUGUGUAUGCAGAAUAAUUCUUGAUAAGUUAUGUACUUGUAAACCUUUUGAAUCCCCAAAUGUAGGUGUUAUUACACCGAACUAGAUUACAAACUUGUUGUAUAUUCUGUCUUUUUUAACUGUUGCUUAUGUUAUUUACUUUGUCAAUAACUUUGGUGUAAACACAAUUCUUCAUGUUAAUAUUGUUUUUUUUCACUUAUACCUAUGUACCAUUUUGUUUAAAUUCCAUUUUAAGACUGUGUUUCUCUCCUAAAAUGGGUGCAAUUAGAAAAGAUACACUACAAUUUGAAACCUUGGGAGAUUUUGAGAGAUUUUAAUUCAUAAUGGAUUUCAAAUAAUAUAUAUAUGGCUUGUUACCAUCAAAAAAUUAAAAUCUAAAAUGAUUUCAAAUCUUGUUUUUACUUAAUUUUUUUUUUUGUUUUGCUAAAAUGCUCAAGUUUGGUAAGAUUUCAUAGAAUUUAAAAGUAAAUUACCUUACCAUUUUCUAAUUUUCAAUUAAACGCAUCUAUAGAUAAAAACCUACAAGUAAAUUCUUUUAACUUUAGGUUCCUUUUCAAUUAUGAUGGAAACAUGAAAAUUUGAAUGCAUUUGUUUCAAAUCUUUCUCAUUCGAAACAAAAUAAUUAAUUUAAAAUGACUUGAAGCCAAACGGAUAGAAAGCUCAUAUAUAUAUAUAAAUAUUAUUCUUAUAUGCGAAUGUAUGAUGAUGAAAAAUGAUAGAGACAUAGGCUACAUAAAGCUUACCCUUCUUUCUUUGUUCUAUAUUAAUUUCGUUGUAGAGGUGGGAGAAUCUGGGAGACUCCCAAGGAGAUGUGCAUGCGACCUCCUUCUUUGUCCCAUUAAUUAAUUUCGUUUUCAAUUGUUCCCAUUUUCUUUCUUUGCCCAGAAGUUUUGAUCCGCAACUUCCACGGCUCUGGGCCUUCUCCUCUCAUUUCUUCCUCAAUAGCAAUAGCACGCGGCGCUGGCACCAAAUACAUAUUCUCAUUCUUCUUCUCCUUCUCCUUCUCCUUCUCCUUCUCCUUCUCCUUCUCCUUCUUUACUUUACUUGAAGACAUGAGUUUAUGAUUAGUUAUUCCAAUGGUUUGAUUUAAUAUAAUUCUUUUUAUAAUAUUAUAUAUAUUUAGAAGAAGGGGAAAAAAAAAAAGGCAAACAAAGCCUACGCUAUUGGGCCUAUUGGGCCGUGAUAAACAAAACAGGGCCUCAAAUGAGGAAUGAUUCGUGUAGUUAAGAAGAGGAAGAAGGGGAAUUUGUUGGACCUAGAAGCGGUUAGACGGCGGCGAAAUGGAGAAGGCGCUGAGAGUAUAUGGAGAAGUUUUGAGGUUAGUGAGGCGGUUACCUAAGGACACAAGGCCUUACUACGCCAAAUACGCUAGAGAGAAUUUCGUCAACUACAGAGAGGUCGAUGCCAACGAUGCAAAAUCCCUAGAAGAACUCUUCCACAGAGCUUACAAUCACUCCCUUUGGGUUCUGAACAAGUAUUCGGUGGAUGGAUCUGCGGCGGAUAAGCUGAAGGAGAUCUGUUAUAGUUAGUGGUGGGGGGUGGGGGAAGAAGUGAAUAGAAUUCAUUAGGGGUAGGGAAGUGGAGGAUUAUGGGUUCAUAAAGAGAAAGUGAGGACGUAAAUUGAUCUGAUUUUGAGUGUUGUUGGAUUUGUGUAAAAAUAAAGACUAAAGAAGAGAAGAGAAGAGAAGAGAAGAGAGGUGGUGUCUCUAUACUUCAUGUUUCUAACUUUGUAUCCAUUUGUGGAUCCACAUUUAUGAUAUUGUGAUUAUGAAUGA